AUGGAGGAUUCCCGGGAGACCUCGCCGUCCUCCAACAACUCCUCCGAAGAGCUCAGCUCUGCCCUGCAGCUGUCCAAGGGCAUGUCCAUCUUCCUCGACAUACUGAGGAGAGCAGACAAAAAUGAUGACGGGAAACUCUCCUUUGAGGAAUUUAAAGCAUAUUUUGCAGAUGGAGUUCUCAGUGGAGAAGAACUACAUGAGCUCUUCCACACCAUCGAUACACACACACCAACCAACACAAACAAUCUUGAUACAGAAGAACUGUGUGAAUAUUUUUCUCAGCACCUGGGGGAAUACGAGAAUGUACUGGCUGCACUUGAAGACCUGAAUCUCUCCAUCCUGAAGGCAAUGGGCAAAACCAAGAAAGACUACCAAGAAGCCUCCAACUUGGAACAAUUUGUCACUCGGUUUCUGCUGAAGGAGACCUUAAACCAGCUGCAGUCUCUCCAGAACUCUCUGGAAUGUGCCAUGGAAAAGACAGAGGAGCAAACCCGUCGAGACAGGCAAGGCCCCGCCAAACCAGAGGUUCUGUCUAUCCAGUGGCCCGGAAAGCGAUCUAGCCGCCGAGUCCAGAGGCACAACAGCUUUUCCCCCAACAGCCCACAGUUCAACGUCAGCAGUCCAGCAUUGUUAGAAGAAGACAACCAGUGGAUGACCCAGAUAAACAGGCUCCAGAAGUUAAUUGAUAGACUGGAAAAGAAGGAUUUGAAACUUGAACCCCUGGAAGAAGAAGUUAUUGAAGAGAAUACUAAACCGCACAUCAUGCUCGUGCAGCGCCAGAUGUCCGUGACAGAAGAUGAUCUGGAAGAGUUCCAGCUUGCUCUGAAACACUACGUGGAAAGCGCCUCAGCCCAAAGCGGAUGCCUGCGUAUUUCUAUACAGAAGCUUGCCAAUGAAUCUCGCUACAUGAUUUAUGAGUUCUGGGAGAACAGCAGCGUGUGGAACCGCCACCUCCAGACAAAUUACAGCAAGACCUUCCAAAGAAGCAACGUGGAUUUCCUGGAAACGCCGGAACUCACGUCUACGAUGCUAGUUCCUGCUUCAUGGUGGAUCCUGAACAACAAUUAGAUGUCUCUACACAUUACUGUCCCAAGUACAAGUGUUCUUAUCUAAAAUGCAAACUGGAAAGUUCUCUGUGGUUACCAGUUGGCUGCACUUUUGUUCAAUGUGUUUACUGUAAGUACGCUAUUCUGAAGUGUAUUCUGGAACUAUUUUCAAGGUUUAUUGUUACUCUUGAUAAUUGAUGCUAAUUGAUUUGCUACAUUGUCAUUGAUCAUUAUAGCAAAAUCCUAAUAGAUAAAAAUGGUAUAUAGAUAAAGCCAUGAAACUGUGAGAGCUAUGGUAAAAUCUAGCUGAGACCUUCCAAGUAUCAUAGCAUGUGCCAGGAUUGUACACUGGAGUGUCAUAACAUGACAGGUUUGUACACUGUCACAUGCUCUAAAUGAUUACAUCCAUGUUUCAUGACUUUUUCAGUAACACAUUGUUCUGUGAGAGACAUUCUUCAGUAAGGUUCACAUGUCCAUCACAUGGUCCUCCAAAUAUACCCUUUAAUAUUAACAAAUGCAGAAAACUAACUUGGCUGUAGCCUGUAGAAGCUCUGUCCAUGUGUCAUGUUGUACACUGGUGUUUUGCGAGUGAACAUUCCGUAGUAAGUUAGGGCAUUUACUAAUGUGACACCUUUGUUUGUUAGUAUCAUGAUUCUUAUAUAUAAGCUAAACAUUACUGAUAAAACUUUGGGGAAAUUAAAGUUUAUGGCAGAAGGCUUUGGUAUAUAAUCAAAAUAGCUGAUUAUUAUGAAAAAUGAACACUUGCAUUUAGAUGAAGACUUUAAAAAUCCAUACUUUAAAUCAAAUUUCAACUCAACAAAGAAACUUAAAACAAGCACAAAACUUUAGUACUAAAUAUACCUAUUUCAUAGA